AUAUGAAUCAAUAUCGGAUUGUUUGGGACUAAACUGUUCGAUUGAUCCAACCAAAAGCAUUUUUGACUUUUUUCCACAAUUUUCUGGACAAAACGUUUCUACGACUGACUUUCUGGGCACGUACUAGACACGUACUAACCGCGGGACUCGAAGAAUACUCGUCGCCAAUUAAUUGUUGUGUAUUUGCUGAACGAACAACGGACAAACAAUACGUUUUUUGAAUAAUUCUAUAUUAGACUGACACAUUGACAAAACAUAUGACAAGGUGUCCCAUAGAGACAAUUAAACAAAAACUACUGCCUACUUAUACUACAAAAUGUAACUAAGUAGGUAUAUAUAUACAUUCGUUCUAAGUAUGUAUUUGCGUGUUAGUGCAUUUUCUAAAAGAACAAAAAAGAUCAAUACAUAGUAGAAAAGUAUGAACGGCAAUUAUUUACUUGGCAACCGGCAGUUUGCACAACAAACAACCCCAAUAUAAGCCAGUAACAGUGUCUUCGUUCUUUAUUUUUAAUCAGUAAAAUGAUAUCUACAAGGGAGAAUUUAUUGGUGCGUCCAUGGCAGCAAAGAAAAUACGAUUAUCAUAAAAAAAAAAUUUCGAAUGCUACCUCUGUUAUCGACACCAAAUCACCACCGCACAGGGGUCACGUUGCAGUGAAACUGAAAAAGCUACAAAAGGAAAACGAAAGAUCCCAAAAAAUCGAACGAGACAAUUUGAUUUUACUACAAAAAUUAAACCACAUAAUGACCACUCAUUGGCUGGACAAUUAUUUACCGCCACAGCCGACUUUUUUGAGUCGAAUUGGAGUUUACAGGCCUGUGGAUUCUGGAAUUGAUAUGAUGGACGAUUUUUUUGAUAAUGAUUUUGAUAGUCAGGCUAUUGAUGAACAAACUUUUGAGACAAAGCCUAAAUGUAGAAAAUUAAAAUGUAUGGCGUGUUCUCCUCACAAAUAUGUUGAAACAGUUUUGAUACCAGAAGAACGUAUUCCAUGGGAACCACAAAAGAAAGAAAUUGGAAAAAGACGAAGCAUUUCGGUACCACCAAAACGUACAGCAGUACCGCUCCCCGUUAUAAUUGAAAAACCAAAAUCUGCUAGCACUUGUGAGAAAACCACAAAAGAGCAUCAGGAAAGGGCCAGAACUGCUGGAAAACUAUCGGCAAAUUUUUUGAAUAAAUCCACAAAUUCAAUUUCCAUUUCAAGAGGUUCAUUGAAAUUGUCUGUUAAUUUUCCUCCGGAUGCUGCUGUGAAAUUUGAUAAAAAGAGUAGCGGUCAAAAUAUUCUUAAAUGUAGAUGUUCACGUAAUUUGUAAUAUUAAACUGUGUUUGUGUGUCAAAAUAAAAAAAAUAUGCAUUUUUCAAAUGAAAGUUCCAGAUUUUAGAUUACGAUAAACCAAUUGUUGACUUUGGUCUUGUAUUGAGUUUAUUUUAGAAAUUGAAUGAGAAAAUUUGAUUAAGUUUGUUCAGAUUUAAAAUAAUGUAUUCCAGAAUCUUAUCAAAAUGUGCAUCAUUUGUUAGAGAGUCCAAAAGUUAAAGGUUAAAAAUAAAGUUGUAAAUCAUAUUUUGGAGUUUCACAGGGGAAAUUAUGCAGCCUAAAAAUAAAAAUGUGUGCUAAAUUUAUCAUUUUUAAAAUUCUGUUUAAAGACUACUUCCUUAAAACUGAUGCGUCUCAAUUUCCA